CAUAUGGCGUUCCCGGCAUGCCUGCGGGCGGAAGGCCGAAAAAGGGCAUUGAGGGGCUGGGUUUUGCCCAGGAGUGGCCUGUCGCCUUCUGUAAGAAACACAAGAUUAUGAGGAAAUUGUUUCUAUCUCAAAAUAUCGUUAGAAAAGAAAGUCCCAGCGCUCGGAGGCUGAGCUCACAGCGGGAAGGGUGCGUGACUGCGAGUUCAGAACCACUGCGAGUCCCGAAGCCAGUGUCGGCACCAGCGCCCGCGAGCGCGCGACUGCGCCCGGGGCUCACGAACCGCCCUGUGUGCGCAGGCCGGAUCAUGGGAACCCCAAAACCGCGGAUCUUGCCCUGGCUGGUGUCUCAGCUGGACCUGGGGCAGCUGAAAGGCGUGGCCUGGCUGGACGAGAGCCGCACUCGGUUCCGGAUCCCAUGGAAGCAUGGCCUGCGACAGGACGCCCAGAUGGCUGACUUUGGCAUCUUCCAGGCCUGGGCCGAAGCCAGUGGAGCCUACACCCCAGGAAAGGAUAAGCCAGACUUGUCAACCUGGAAGAGGAAUUUCCGGUCAGCCCUGAACCGGAAAGAAGUGUUGCGAUUAGCCGAUGACAAGAGCAAGGACCCUUUUGACCCUCAUAAAGUGUAUGAGUUUGUGACUCCAGCAGCAAGAGACUUUGUACAUCUGGACACCUCUCCUGAUACCAAUGGCAAAAGCUGUCUGUCUGAACCCCAGGAAGACCUCCUGGAAUUAUUGGAUGACAUGGUCUUGGGACCCCUCUCAGAUGAGGGGUCCUCGGGCCUGGCUAUUGCUCCUGAUCACACUCAACCACUGCUAAGCCCCAAUUUGGACAACUUCCCAAACCCGGCACCCCAGGAAAAUCCACUGAGGCAGCUGCUAGCUGAGGAACAAUGGGAGUUCGAAGUGACCGCUUUCUACCGAGGCCGGCAGGUCUUCCAGCAGACACUCUUUUGCCCAGGGGGCCUGCGGCUGGUGGGCACCACAGCUGAUAAUGGGACACUGCCCGGGCAGCCAGUCACCCUGCCAGACCCUGAGGGGUUUCUGACAGACAGGCUCGUGAGGGAGUAUGUGAGGCAUGUACUCAAGGGGCUGGGUAAGGGGCUGGCACUGUGGAGGUCAGGGCAGUGUCUCUGGGCCCAGCGCCUGGGCCACUCCCAUUCCUUCUGGGCUCUGGGUGAGGAGCUGCUUCCAGACAGUGGGCGAGGACCUGACGGAGAGGUCCCCAAGGACAAGGACGGAGGUGUGUUCGACCUUGGGCCUUUUGUGGCAGAUCUGAUUGCCUUCAUGGAAGGAAGUGGACAUUCCCCUCGCUACACUCUGUGGUUCUGUGUGGGGGAGUCGUGGCCCCAGGACCAGCCGUGGGUCAAGAGGCUUGUGAUGGUCAAGGUUGUUCCCACAUGUCUUAAGGAGCUGUUAGAGAUGGCCCGGGAAGGGGGAGCCUCGUCACUGAGAACUGUGGAUUUGCACAUCUCCAACAGCCAGCCUAUCUCCCUCACUUCUGACCAGUACAAAGCCUACCUCCAGGACUUGGUGGAGGACAUGGACCUCCAGGCCACUGGAGACACCUGAGCCCUGCUCAGCUGCUAUCAAUAAAGCAGUUUACGCCACCAUCA